AUGGCUGCAGUGCUUCCUAUCUUGUACUUGCUGACGCUGCCCCUGCUGAGUGAGGCCGUAGACACGUACACGCCUGGCAAGCAGCAUAAGGUGUUACAUCUAGACUGGCCUAAAGACUGCGGUACGGCUUAUUUCAAGCCCAACACGGUAGAGAGGAUCGUGUCAGGGAAUGAGGCUAGGCCGCACUCCUGGCCUUGGCAGGUCUCUCUGCAGGUUCGCCCCAGAGGCGGUAAACACCACAUUCACGUGUGUGGAGGAACUCUGAUCCACAAGAAUUGGAUCCUCACUGCUGCUCACUGCUUUCAAAAGGGCAAGGCCGAAGACGCCGGGUCGUGGAGGAUCGUACUGGGCAAGCACCGACUGAGGCGCUCUGAAACGGCCGAGAGGGUUUUCCCAGUGAAGCGCAUUUACAGGCACGAAAACUUCCGCUACCCGACGCACAGCGAGCUGGACUACGACAUCGCCCUGGUCAAGGCAGACGCCGACAUCCUGCCGUCCAACUUCAUCCGUUACGCCUGCCUCCCACGCAAGCAGAGCAGUCUCAAGCCGGGACACUACUGCUGGGUGACCGGUUGGGGGGACAUCCGAGGUGGGAAGGAGAAUGUUUCCCUAGCGGAAGCCCUUAACCAAGCCCGUCUCCCAAUCAUCGACUUCAAAACCUGUCGGCAGAAGAAGUUCUGGGGCGACCGCGUGCGAGACUCCAUGAUCUGUGCCGGCUUCAGGGACACCGAGGAUCCGCCCGCUGCCUGUCAGGGAGACUCGGGCGGUCCUCUUCUUUGCCAGUUGGGCCGCGAGCGCUGGGAAGUGCAUGGCGUGGUGAGUUUCGGCCCUAUCGGCUGCACCGUUGAGAACAAGCCCAGUGUCUUCACCCGAACCGGUGCUUACAUCCCUUGGAUCGAAGCCACUCGCAUCCGAGACUUCUUCCUGCACUGA